ACAGGGAGUGGAGGGAAGGGGACACAGCUGCUGGGAGGGAAAGGGUGGCUCUGGAGGUCCACGGGCAAGGACAGGGGGCAGAAAGGGCGGAAGAGGCGUGGAAGCUGCAGAAGAGGAUGAGGAUGCGGAGCCAGCCUGGGUCACCAUCCGGGCCCACCUCGGACCCUCGAAGGCAUGAAAGGAGAGCCGACCCAGACCCCACUUCCUCCAUGAGUGCUGCCGAUCGGAUGGGGGCCAGAGCCGCACGCGGCCUGCCACUGGCACUGCUGCUGUUACUGGUGCUGGGGACACCCAAGGCUGGGGUGCGGGCAGAGGAAGGGCUGGACUUCCCCGAGUAUGAUGGUGUGGACCGCGUGGCCAACGUGAACAUGAAGAACUACAAGAGCGUGUUCAAGAAGCACGAGGUGCUGGCGCUGCUCUACCAUGAGCCCCCCGGGGACGACAAGGCCUCGCAAAGACAAUUUGAGAUGGAGGAGCUGAUCUUGGAGUUAGCAGCCCAAGUCCUAGAAGACAAGGGUGUCGGCUUCGGGCUGGUGGACUCUGAGAAGGACGCGGCUGUAGCCAAGAAACUAGGACUCACCGAAGAGGACAGCAUCUACGUGUUCAAGGGAGACGAAGUCAUUGAGUACGAUGGCGAGCUUUCAGCCGACACCCUGGUGGAGUUUCUGCUCGAUGUCCUAGAGGACCCCGUGGAACUGAUCGAGGGCGAGCGGGAGCUGCAGGCAUUUGAGAAUAUCGAGGAUGAGAUCAAACUCAUUGGCUACUUCAAGAACAAGGACUCAGAGCAUUACAAAGCCUACGAGGAUGCGGCAGAGGAGUUUCAUCCGUACAUACCCUUCUUCGCCACCUUCGACAGCAAGGUGGCCAAGAAGCUGACCCUGAAGCUCAAUGAGAUCGAUUUCUAUGAGGCCUUCAUGGAAGAGCCUGUGACCAUCCCAGACAAGCCCAAUAGCGAAGAGGAGAUUGUCCGCUUCGUGGAGGAGCACAGGAGGUCAACCUUGAGGAAACUGAAGCCUGAGAGUAUGUAUGAGACCUGGGAGGACGACAUGGAUGGCAUCCACAUCGUGGCCUUUGCAGAGGAAGCUGACCCUGAUGGUUAUGAAUUCUUAGAGAUUCUCAAGUCUGUGGCCCAAGAGAACACUGAUAACCCUGAUCUUAGCAUCAUCUGGAUCGACCCUGACGACUUCCCCCUGCUGGUUCCGUACUGGGAGAAGACGUUUGACAUCGACCUGUCAGCCCCGCAGAUAGGAGUCGUCAAUGUCACUGACGCGGACAGCAUAUGGAUGGAGAUGGAUGAUGAGGAGGACCUGCCUUCCACUGAGGAGCUGGAAGACUGGCUGGAGGAUGUGCUGGAGGGCGAGAUCAACACAGAGGACGAUGACGAGGAUGAGGACGAUGACUAGUUGCUGUGGCAACCGUCUCCCAGCCCUGCCUGCUCGCCUCCUGCUCCCUGCUCCCUCCCUGUUCUUCCCUGAGCCCCUCCAGGGACACCAAGUCAUUCUCUGCCGUAGGGCCUGCUGGGGUCUAUAUACUGGGUGCUGAGACUGACCCCCUCACCUGCUGCAGGAAAGAGCUGCUUUUCCCCACACAUCUGCCCAGCCAUCUUGCCGGACCUCCGUUACCUGUCCCACACUGUCCCUGGGUCUGUUACUUGUUUCUUCCAUCACCCCCUGCACUUUGUCAGUCUCCUCUGCAGUAUCUAGGGGCUCCUGUCGCUCUUCUGUUCCCUCCCCCUGUGCACACUCACCCCCAGCUCUCUCAAACCCUCGAUCCUUUGUCCUGUCCCUGGCCAGGAAAAAGGGGAGGGCACUGCGUUCGGGGCUGUAUCUCAGCAAUCUCUCAUUAAUGUACUUGGAUCAAACGAGAGACCUCAAUAAAGCAUUGGGGCAGCAUGA